CUGAGUUUUGUUUUACCUCUAACGCUGGCAAGUCCACAGAAAACAAAACGAGUGUUACUUAGGGGGAAAAUCGCACAAGGAGGAGUUUCGUGGGAACACUGCAGUUACUUUUAGAGGUCGGUCGCAGCUGCUCUGGGGGGCGGAGUGUCUGCGAAGUGCUGCGCCGAUUGGGGCGCCCGUUUGGAGGAAGAGAGAUGGCGUGCUUGUUGGAGGCCCCUCUCCGCAUCAGUGUGCUGUCUGAAGUUACUGCCACCAGCCGCCAUUAUGUUGACAGACUAUUCGACCCCGACCCACUGAAAGUGCUGCAGGGAGUCAUUGAUAUGAAGAAUGCAGUUAUAGGAAACAACAAACAGAAGGCCAACCUGAUUGUUCUUGGAGCUGUGCCAAGGUUACUUUACCUGCUGCAGCAGAGCUCCUCCAGCCUGCGGCUCAGGUCGGAGUGUGCCGUGGUGCUGGGGAGUCUCGCCAUGGGCACAGAAAACAACAUCAAGUCCCUGGUGGACUGUCACAUCAUCCCCACCCUUCUUCAAGGUCUCUUGUGCCAGGACCUGAUCUUCAUUGAAGCCUGCCUUCGAUGUCUCAGGACGGUCUUCAUCAGCCCCGUUACUCCUGUGCAGCUGCUGUAUACAGAUCCCGCUGUGAUUCCUCGUCUAAUGUCUCUAUUGGGGAGUUCUCAGAGAACCCAGGAGUACAUCACACAGAUCUUCUCCCACUGUUGUAAGACUCCAGAGCACCAGACGGUUCUUUUCAACCACGGGGCCAUCCAGAAUAUAGCUCCUCUGCUCAUCUCACCCUCUUAUAAGGUCCGGAUGCAGGCAUUAAAGUGCUUCUCUGUUCUAGCCCAUGAGAACACUCAGGUCUCCAUGACGCUGGUGAAUGUGCUGGUAGAUGGUGAGCUGCUCACUCAGGUAUUUGUUAAAAUGAUGCAAAGGGAUCAGCCUGUUGAGAUGCAACUAACGGCAGCCAAAUGUCUGACCUACAUGUGUCGAGCAGGUGCCAUCAGGACAGAUGACGGCUGUAUAGUACUAAAGACCCUGCCGUGCCUCGUACGGAUGUGCAGUAAAGAACAUUUACUGGAGGAAAGAGUGGAGGGUGCAGAGACACUGGCUUAUCUGAUGGAGCCGGACGUAGAGCUUCAGAGGAUCGCCAGCACUACCGACCACCUUGUGUCUAUGCUGGCUGACUACUUCAAGUACCCUAGCUCUGUCUCUGCCAUCACUGACAUCAAAAGGUUGGACUAUGACCUGAAACAUGCUCACGAGCUGAGACAAGCUGCUUUCAAACUCUACGCCUCCCUCGGCUCCAACGAUGAAGACAUCCGCAAAAAGAUCACAGAGACGGAGAACAUGAUGGACCGGAUUGUUAGCGGCCUAUCAGAAUCCAGCAUUAAAGUCCGAUUAGCCGCGGUCAGGUGUCUUCACAGUCUGUCACGAUCAGUGCAGCAACUGAGGACCAGCUUCCACGAUCACGCCGUCUGGAAACCCCUCAUGAAGCUGCUGCAGAAUGCUCCAGAUGAAGUCCUGGUCAUGGCUUCCUCAACACUGUGCAAUCUGCUGCUGGAGUUCUCACCCAGCAAAGAGCCCAUUCUGGAGUCAGGGGUGAUUGAAUUACUAUGCAGUCUGACUCAGAGUGACAGUCCAGCUCUGAGGGUGAAUGGGAUCUGGGCCUUGAUGAACAUGGCGUUCCAGGCAGAUCAGAAGGUGAAGGUGGAGAUCGUUCGAUGUUUGGGUACCGAGCAGCUGUUCCGUCUGCUAUCUGACCCAGACACCAACGUGCUGAUGAAGACGCUAGGUUUGCUACGCAAUCUGCUAUCAACACGCCCGCACAUUGACCAGAUUAUGAGCUCUCACGGGAAGCAGAUCAUGCAGGCGGUGACCCUCAUCCUGGAAGCAGAGCACAGCGUAGAGGUCAAGGAGCAGACGCUGUGUAUCCUCGCCAACGUCGCCGACGGCAACACAGCCAAGGCUCUCAUCAUGACCAAUGACGACGUGCUCCAGAAAGUCAAGUACUACAUGGGACACUCCAACGUGAAGCUGCAGCUUGCUGCCACUUUCUGCAUCUCAAACCUCAUCUGGAACGAAGAGGAUGGUUCUCAGGAGCGCCAGGACAAGCUGAGGGAGAUGGGCUUUGUGGACAUCCUGCAUAAACUGACACAGGCUUCUGACCCCAACCUGAGUGACAGGGCGAAGACGGCGUUGCAGCAGUACCUGGCAUGACUACAGUGGGCAGCGAUCCUCUACUGCCAGCUUAACUAACAAUCACUGGGAGGAUGCCUGCCAUUAGCAGUUUGAUUUUAUGUUUUCUUUUUGUUUGUUUUUGAGGCUUUUUGAUGCACAAAGACACCUUCCCCCCCCCUUUGAUCAGUGACUCACCUCCUCCCACCUCAACGGUUUUGCUUGUUUUGAGCUCGUCUCGGAGACUUCAGCUCUAGGUCUUUGGGACGUCUGCAGAUAGGAGGUUUUAUGGUUUUUAUGUUUUUUAAGUGAACCACUUUGGGACUCUGAUGUGAGAUGCGUGGAGUGCAGCUACCUGAUGCCAUGGACUCCUGAUUGUGAAGAGGAGAUUACACGUUCAGCACCGCUGCACAAGACUUCCUGGUUUCUGUUUAUAUUGCUGUUGAUAUUAAUGUCUUAAGGCGUCACUAGCAAGGAUAUAUUUGGAGAAAAAGCCUAUUUCGAAAAUUUGGGUGUUUUUGUUAUUUUUGUGGAUACAUACCUCGUAAAUAUAUAAAUAUAUAUAUAAAUAUUCGCAUAAAUAUAUAUUUUUGGAUUUUAAUUUCCCCCUGACUCUCCUGGUAGAUUUUAUUUGUCCUCUCUGCAUCAUGACUCAGCACAGUGCACAUCCUCUGCGGUUUGAUAUCCAGCCCUGAGCAUCAGAUGUACGGGUGAAUAAUGAAAAAAGUCGUAGCUCCUGUUUGUGUUUUCACCACGAAGAGGCUGAGUGCUCUCACUUCUGUCCGAUAUCCUUAUGAUCCCCAUGGGAAAUGUAGUUUCAGAGCUGAUAGUGCUUACGUACUCUGUCCUGGUUGGUUAUUAUUUAAAAGGACACCAGAGAUGUACAAACCUCCUCACUUCUGCAGAUGAAAACUUUCUGUCAUCUCUGCUUCCCUCCUGUCUAUGUGUCAGAAGAAAUGAGAAAUAAAAUGUCUGAGCUGCUGGGUU